GGAGAGUGAGACGUGUGGUAGGGCCCCCACCACCACCACCACACCCGGGCUGCUCCACACACACAUCUGGCUACACCUCCCGGCCUCACACACCUGCUCUCAACACCUGACUGCCUCUUAGUGCCAAACACCUGCGAGGGGCCCCCGAGACUGCAGCAGGGAAGGUGGUGGUGCCCCGGGCGCCAGACUGAGGGCUGGACAUGGCACUGUACAGGGCCGGAAGGCUCCUCUACACCUCUCAAGUCUUCCCCAGUGCUGGCCGAUGCGCACAGCUGAGCAGCUUCCAGCAGGCCUGGAAGGCUAGUGGCAGAGAGGAGGCUGUGGUCGUGACUGAUGACGGGAACACCAUUGUGUGCUGGCAUCCUGAACCCCAAGUGCCAUAUGAAAUGACCAAGCCAUUACCUGAAUUGCCCCAAGAAUCGGACUCAUUAUUGAAAGUUCAGUACAACAAAGAAAUGAAAGAUUUAUUCCGAAAGAAACACCCAUUCUUUAUAAACAAGGAUCUGAGGGAGAUUACUUUCACUACAAAGCAUGAAUGGUUCCCAAGGCCCGAGAAGCGCUUUGCCAAAAAAGCUCCUCCUAGAGAUAGAGAAUAUUUGUGAUUAUGGAUCAAGCAUCAGGUGACAACAUUCAUUAGUAUGUCUGUUUACGUGUCGCACCAGUCAUAACACUGGCCGAGUAACUGGUAACUUUAGUAUGCAAAUGGUUUAUUCAACUUUAAAUACCAUGUAGAUGUAAAUACCCAUUUUUCCUGAGCAUGCUUCCUAUACUGUGUUAUCUAAUCUAUAGAAUAAUACCUGUACUGAAGUAUGGAUUGGAAGGAAAUAUUUGAAACUAGCAUUGAGAAAUAGACGUUUUUAAUAAUGCACGUGACAGGAAUAUGAAAACAGUGUUCAUGUAAAUAUUUUACUUAUUAAAAGACUUCAAAUAA